AUGCCUGCAGGCCGUCAUGAGCAUUGUGACAAGUGUUUCAACAUCCACUGUCAAUUCCCCGUGCAAGUUUCCGUCUCAUGCGUGAUCGUCAAGUGUCGUAAAAACUGCGGCGCUGUCUUCCACAUGUGUAAGCAAGAGGAGCACCAGCUACUCUGUCCAAAUGAGUCCGUCCCCUGUCUCAACGUUCAUUACGGCUGUCCUCUCAGAAUGCUGCGCCACAGGCAGGCGAAACACCUGGAGGUGUGUCCCGCCAGCCUGGUCUGCUGCUCUCAGGAGUGGAACCGCUGGCCUGUUUCGGAAACGGAUCUGACCUUCUAUGAAAAUGUUUCCAGAAACCUUCAAACUGAGGCGAACCUUGAUGUUGCUUUGGCUCUCAGGGACCAAGAGCUGCUGUUUCAAUCCAUCAAAAUGAAGAACCUUUUCCCUGAGCUGAUGGUCCAGGAUAUUUGUGAUGUGGCUGACAGACCUGCAGAAGAAGAAGAAGCAGCAGCAGCGUGCUCUGUGGUUUGUUGUGAAUUUACAAGAAAUGGAUGCACACAGGUGGAGAAAGAAGAGCUGAGUCAAGAGGAGAGGGAUGAGUUGGCAAAGAGCAAGAAUGUAGAAAGUAUUCAGAACUACAACACCUGGGAGAAAAUAUUCAAUAAGGAGAUGGAAGGGUGCAAGCAAACUGUCAAAAACCUGAACAAAAGAGAGGAGAAAGAGAGGGAAAGAGAGGAAUCAACAAACUGUCAGGCAGAGACAAGAAACUGCCGGGUGAACCCGUCCGCUCAAAGCUUGGACGGUGCAACUGGACUUGCUCCAUGGCAGGACGGGGUCCUGGAAAGGUUAGGAAAGGAAGUCAACAUCGCUGAAUAUAACAUGUAUCUGGUUCACAACGGGGCGAUGCUGAUUAACUUUGGUCAACUCGCUGCCUGCACUCCGAGAGAAAAGGAUUUUGUUUACGGGAAUUUGGAGCCGAUCGAGGUCAUGACCGUCCGAACGUUUAAUGUUCCUACCAGCUAUCGAGCAAAACGCAGUCACAUCAAAGACCCCGCACUCAGGAUCAAGACCACACACCAGAGCACCGACACUGCAGAUCUGAGUCUGUCAGAAGAGGAUCUUCUAAAAUGUGACGAUGAGGUGAACACCACGAUCCUGUGCUCCCUGGAGAAGGAGCUGAAAGGACAUUUAAUCUCAGAGAGCUCCUCUGUGGACGGUCUUUAUGUGGAUGUAGGAACACAAACGUACAACUUCGCCUCUGCUCCCUUCAAAACAGGCGCCUCACUCGCUGAUGUUAUUGCAGACAGACCGCCUCGUCUUUACGUACAUGUGGAAGCCGAAUCUGUCACAAGGCGACACAACAAGACGAGUUCAGCCUUCAGCUACAUGUGUGGCCACUUCUUCCGCCGAGAUGAAUUCUGCUCUCAUUUCAGGAAUGUGCACUCUGACAUACAGGCCUCUCUCACCGGCUGGUUUCACCAACGCUGCCCUCUAGCAUACCUCGGCUGCACUUUCACUCAGACCAGGUUUCACCCUGCAGGUCACCCGGCAACAAUCAAAUUCUGUCAAGAAGUCAGCGCCCUUGUCCUCCAGCCUGACGUGCCCUCAUCUCUCUGCAAAGGAGGGGAAACCUUCAGCCCUCAGAGAAACUCUGAACAUAAUCUGGAUCCCCUGAGCAGCCUGCCCCUGGAGAUCCUGCAGCACAUCGCUGCUUACCUCGACAGUUUUACAUUAUUUCAGCUGUCCAAGGUCUCCCGUCUGAUGAGGGAGGUGUGCGCCACAUUGCUGCAGGAGAGAGGGAUGGUGUCCCUGAAGUGGGAGAAAAAGACAUACUCCCAUGGGGGCAGCUCCUGGAGGUGUCGAAAGAAAGCAAGUAUCCUUGUUUAUUCUGGAUUAAUUCCCCAAAUCAUUCGUCAAAACUUUACACAUUCCUGUUAAAUUUAUAUUUUCCGAUUUAUCUCAACCCUGUGCACAGUUACGGGGAAGUAAACACAAGGACAAACUUCUUUGUUUGUCCCAUUUUAGUGUCUGGCACUGCUCUGUUACCUGCCAUUGGAAAAUCAGUCAUUCACACACCGCCUGACAGCUGCUGCAUUGUUAACUCACUCAGACUCUCCAUAGUCCUCUCAAUAAUACAAACUGAAUCACAACCAUGUUGGCAACAGUUAAUAGGUUCCUGCCGAAGCAGCCGCUGGAGAUUUGCUGUUUUUCUGUGUCCUUACUGAAGAGCAGCUGCAGAUCGGGUCAGACGCAGUGAGCGAGUGUUUAGAGAGAGAAAAUGUUUUCCCUCCACUUUCUUUAAAGUAAGAGCAAUGGUGCGGUGGUAACUGCACAGUUAAGCUUGACUUUUAUUAUCUGAGUUGCGUCUGCAUUAUGAACUGAAAAAAUAAUCAGUGGCAGCUUUAUAGGAAGCAGACCCCUGCCAAGGAUGUGCAAUCAUCAUCAAGCCAAACAAACGGCAUGUUGAUCCAGACCUAAAUUAACUCACUCCUAACUCUGAGCUGCUGCAUCCUAAUGGGAUGCUUACCGCUUUGUUUCCCUCCUUAUUUGGAAGUUUGCUGUCGAGAGAUCCUGAAAAAUGGACUGAAGACAGUCACAUGCAACAGCCGGAUAACCAGGGAGAGAGAGACGGGGUUUACAGUGGACCUCUGAACUAAUCCUGACACUCUUUGGCUUACAGGGACGCCAAGUGGGCAAAUGGUCUGAUCCUUACAGACGAGCACAGCUGUCAUGUUUUUGGAUAUGAUCUAAAUCCUUUUAAAUCAUCGAAGCUGUGAGGCUGAAAUUUAACUUAUCGAGCUCGUCAUCUAUGUGCAGUGGCCUUUUACAGGAUACAAAUGACCCUGCUGACACCUGAUAUCCAUCAAUUACAACCUCUCUCUUCUUUGUCGUCCUCCGUCAGGUGUCCCGUUUGUGUUGACUUUGGCGCCCCCUGUGGUCAGAGUAUUCCCUCUAGUUUCUACACUUGUUUUGUCAGAUGCAUCUAUGACAAAAAUUUCUAUUAUGACCGGUGUUGAUACAGUUACUUUUGAAAAGUAAUUUGAUUACUGAUUAUGGAUUACUCCUUUAAAAAGUAACUUAUUUACUUUUUAGGUUACAUUCAGCAGCCUCAACAUAUAAAUGACAACUAUUUUCUUUUCAAAACUCACUUUAUUGGAAGUGUAACUUUAACAGGAAUGUAAAAAAGAUGGGUUUUUUUUAAAGACAGUCAUUAUUGACUUACAAAACAAACUUUUUUUAUUGUUAUCUUUAGCUGACACAGAGUCAAAAUAUUGUCUGUAUUUCCAGUUUGAGAACACGCAUCUCUGCUUUAUAUGUGUGCACAUGUAUUACAUGUGAGGGGUCAUAAUACUGAAAACAUGACCUGUCGCUUACGUGAAACAAAAACAAAUCAUCCUUUUUUUUAAGGAAAAUUAGAAAAAAGUAACGCGCACAAUGACUUGGACGUGUAACUUAAAUCUAAUUACUGGUUUGGAAAUAACAACGCGUUCGAUCACUCGUCACUGUAAAAAAUGGAUUUAUUAGAGAAGCAUUUUACUAAGUGAUGUGUUACUGGCAUCACUGAUUAUGACUCAGUGAAAUGUUUCACAAAUUGUGCAGUUAACCUUCUUACCUGACACCUACCUUCACAAAAAAUAAUCAAUCAUGUUUACUUUUGCAGGUCCUGAAUAAACUUCAGUUUUAAUUUCUGAGGGAUUUAUGCCCAGAUUUAAAACUCUUCAUCAAGACUGUAGGACCUAACUCAACUGUGGGAUAGAUUACAGAGUUAAACUAAACUCAUCUGGUUUUCUUUCGCCUCUUUGUUCCCUCUUUCUGACCUACAAACACACAAUCAGACGUGCACACGCUUGGACAGCAUGACCUCCAUCCUGCAGAGAAUGGAAUAAGAAUGCAUGUGUGUGUAUUUUUGCUCCGACUAUCUGUGCACAGCAGCGAUCACGGGACAAAGAGCAUGCCGAUGAUAUCAGAGAUGUGAAAUGGCUCGAGGCCUGGCUGCCAGUAAACACAGUGCUACCAUAAUAAGUCAGAUAUGUGAUCAUCCGUGGAAACUAGCUGUUGAUAAGGUCGUGUGGGAACAGCUGGCUAUUUGACAGGACACAUUUCUUUAUCAUUGUCUCUGAUGUGAUAAAAAUAAGCUGCCGUCCACAUAAAACACAAGUUCAAACUCAUGAGACAAAUACUGUGACGGCAGCCUCCUCCUCCGCCUGUCUCAGCUGGUGUGUUUGUGUCUUGCAGGUCUGGGAGUUCAGCUCUCUGUUCUCCUCCGUGGACAGAUGGAGCUUCAGGGACAAACCCUCCAUGUCGGAGCACCUGAAAACCUGCUCCUUCUACCAGAGAGGGGAGCCGCACACCGAGCCUGUGGCUUUAGCCUGCUUGGGAGAGGUCAGAGACAUAUACGCCGCAGUGAAGACGAAAAGAUAA